AUGACCCCUCCCAAGGAGCCUGCCAAGUGCCCCCUUUGCCAAAUCACCUAUUCUUGCCUGGGCAGGCAUUUGGUUGGCCGGCAUGCCGUUAAAAACCCGGAGGAGCGGCGCAUCCUGAUUAAUUAUGGGAGCGGCAGGGUCAACUUCCGCCAUCUUCCCUGCCCGGUCCCAGGAUGUGGCUUUUCGAAGACGCGUGUGGACCGGCACCUGUUGGUGGGGCACAGCGAGAUGGAGGACGGCGCCAUCCAGAAGAUCAUCGAGGAUCUGAAAAAGAAGGUGACGGUGGAUGCUCUAAGGGCGCUUAGGGCCUCCCACCCUACCCCCCCCAUUAUCUCUAACCUGGACAUUGGCACUGACCACGAGGAGCUGAUCCACGAUUCCGCAGACGUGGUGGACUCCUCGUGUGCUCAGUGCCAGGCCUACCAGAAGGAGGUAGAGAUCCUCAGAAAGCAGCUGCGGCUGAAGCAGCGGUGGGUGAAGCGGGCGAAGGCCAGGAUCGCAGCAUUGGAGCAGAAUUCCAAUGCUGCGGCCGCUGCGGCCCCCGCCCCUGCUGCUGCCGCCUCCUCGUCCUCUGCCUCCGCCGCCGUCCCUGGAUCCCUGGAGGAUCUGAUGGAGGAUCUCCCGGAGGACUUCCUGGAAGAGGAGGGGCCUUCUGAGGAUCGGGGGGGGGAUGCCGCUGCCGCCGUUUCCCUCUCGGUGCUCAAACAGUACACGGCUGCAUUUCCCGUCCAAAUCCUCCUGUUCGUCGAGGGCUAUUGGGCUCACCUCAAGGGCUCCUUCGCCACUCCGAAACAGGAGGAGAACCAAAAGUCAAAGAUCGGGCGGGUGAUGCAGUUUCUCCAGUACAUGAACGAGGGGAGGACGGUGAUUGCCAACUGGACCUUCCUUUGCAAUGUAACGAAGAUCCAUGACUGGCCGGAAAAGCUGACGCAGCAGGGCAAGGCAGUGACAACGGUGAAGUUGUACAUGGGGAACGUGCUGGAGUUCCUCACCUACUUCAGGGACACGCCGCCCUCCAGCUCACGGGUCCCCAAGAAGUCCCUGGUGGCAGCUCUGAGGGCAGUGUCGACGGGCCUCCGACAGCUGUCCAGGCAUGUGCUCCUCCGGCAGCUGCAGGUCAAGAAGUCCAAAUCCAAGAAGUUAAUCCCAAAAGCCGACCUCUCUGCCUGCCGGAGGAAAGCACAGAAGGUCAUCCCGCAGAUCCUCGGUCGCAGAGCUGGACGAGGUCUGGAGGACGAAAGUCCGUACCUCCGCUUUGUGAUCAAUGUGAAGGACCACAAGACCAACAAAUCCUUCGGGCCCGCCCAGCUUUACUUAACAAUGGGCGAGUUUGCCUGGCUGGAGCUCUGGUCUGAGCUGCGGGGCAAACUGAACCCCUCCACCGAUCUUCUGCUCUUCAACGAGAAUGGGCAGAAGAUCAACAAUAUGCAGCAACACCUGCAGAACGCCUGGAGGGAGAUGGGCUUCUCCGGCUUCCCCACCUUCACGGACUUCCGGACCUCUGUGGCCACCUAUGCACGAGACGUCCUUUCUCCGGGCUCCCGCCAGAAGGUCUCGAAGGCAAUGUGCCAUGACGUGGUCACCGCCGACCGGUACUACGCCAUGGCGCAGGACGCCGCUUCUCUGGCCGAGCUCCGGAGGAAGUUCGUCCAGGCGACGGACCCAGAGGUCCCUUCAGCGUCAGGCUCUCUGGCGACCGUCGUCCGCUCCGAGUCCUCGGAGUCGGAGGACGAAGGGGAGCCUGCGCUGAAGAAGAGGAGGGCGGGACCUGAGUCCACCCAGGAGGGGGAGUCGGAAGGCGACUCCAGCAGCCAGUCCAGCAGCCAGUCCAGCAGCCAGUCCAGCAGCCAGUCCAGCAGCCAGUCCAGCAGCCAGUCCAGCAGCGAGGAGGGUCCGUCCUCGUCCGCCCGGACGGGGCACUCUUCCUCCGCCCAGGAGCUGCCUUUGGCACAAGAGCUGCCCCUGUCCCAAGAGCUGCCGUUGGCCCAGGAUCUUCCUUCCGCCCAGCAGGUGCCCUCUUCCUCCGCCCAGGAGCUCCCCUCUGCCCAGGAGCUCCCCUCUGCCCAAGAGCUCCCCUCUGCCCAGGAGCUGCCGUUCUCCCAGCAGGUGCCGUCUCCCUCCGGCCAGGAGCUGCCUUUGGCUGAAGAGCUUCCCUUGGCCCGAGAGCUGCUGUUUGAAGAAGAGCUGCCAUCCGCCGAGCACGUGCCGUCUUCCUCCGCCAACGAGCUGCCCUUGGCCCAAGAUCUGCCGCUGGCCCAAGAUCUGCCGUGCGCCCAAGAUCUGCCGUGCGCCCAGGAGGCGGCGUCCUCCGCCCAGGAGCUGCCGUGCGCCCAGGAGGCGGCGUCCUCCGCCCAGGAGCUGCCGGCGCCCAGGAGGCGUCUGCCCUCCUCCCAGGAGCUGCCGUGCGCCCAGCAGGGGCCGUCUUCCUCCGCCCUGGAGGUAACCCCCUUUUACCGCCGUAAAAGCCCUAUUGCUAAUUAUAGGCUGCGACUGAGGGCAGAGCAACGUGCCGCCAAAGGCAAGAAAAAAUAG